UCUUGUUUUGCUUCUGUUUCCCCUUUCUUUUCCUCCAGGGUCUGGGUAACCGACCUCUGCAACAACCCGACUCAGACACAGUUUGAGUCCACCUCCAGCAGAGAAACCCGCCGGCUCUGCCUCGCGCGCUCACCGACGCACCCGCCGGUCCACAUUUCUCCCAAAUUGGAGCCGUCUUCCGCCGACAUCGAGCGAAGAGGUGCAGCCGAUCCCAGGCCUCCAAUCCAGGGCGGAGGGAGGGAAGGAGGUCGCUGGGAAUCGGGAUGGAGAGCGGAGAAGCUGCUGGCGGGCCUGGCGGACCGGACGGACCCGGACUCCGGUUUGGCUGCGCCUCUUUCAACCAAGACUCCACGUCCCUGGCUUUGGGAACAAAGACUGGCUACAAGCUGUUCUCUUUGACCAUGGUGGAAAAACUGGACUGUAUCCAUGAGAGUGCAGAGACUCCAGAUGUCUACAUCGUGGAGCGUCUCUUCUCUAGCAGUCUGGUAGUCGUGGUCAGCACCGCCAUGCCACAGCGCAUGAACAUCUACCACUUCAAGAAGGGGACGGAGAUCUGCAACUACAGCUAUCCCAACAACAUCCUGGCUGUCAAGCUCAACAGACAGAGGCUCAUGGUGUGCCUUGAAGAGUCCAUCUAUAUCCACAACAUCAAAGACAUGAAGCUGCUGAAGACUCUUCUCAACACUCCAUCUAACCCCUCAGGUCUCUGUGCCCUCUCUACCAACCAUUCCAACUCGUACCUGGCGUACCCCGGCAGUGCCACCAUUGGGGAGAUCAUAGUGUAUGAUGCCAACAACUUGAACACAGUGACAAUGAUCCCGGCUCAUGACAGUCCUCUGGCAGCUCUCACCUUCAACACCUCAGCCACCAAACUCGCCAGCGCCUCAGAGAGGGGCACUGUCAUCCGAGUGUUCUCCAUCCCUGAGGGCCAGCGUCUGUUUGAGUUCCGCAGAGGCAUGAAGAGGUACGUCAACAUAAGCUCUUUAUCCUUCAGCCCUGAUGGCCAGUUCCUCUGUGCAUCCAGCAACACAGAGACGGUGCAUAUCUUUAAACUGGAGCAACUGGGACCAAGUGGAGGGGACGAGGCUGCUACCUGGACAUCCUACGUGGGCAAGAUGUUCUCAGCAGCCAGCAGCUACUUCCCUGCUCAGGUAUCCGGCAUGAUGAGCCAGGACCGCGCCUUCGCCACUGUUCACCUCCUCACGUCCGGCCAGAAGAACGUCUGCACCCUGGCUAUGAUCCAGAAGCUUCCGCGGCUGCUGGUGGCCACCGCUGACGGCCAGCUUUUCAUCUACAACGUGGAUCCACUGGAUGGAGGCGAGUGCAUGUUGUCCCACAAGCACAGGCUUUUUGGUGUUGAUGAUGACCAGGUUGAAGAAACAGAGUCAGAGGGGUCAGAGGUCACAGGGCCAGCACAGGCUUGUCCAUCCUAUGCUGCAACCGCUGCCUUACCAGCCUCUGGUCCCGUCACUGCAACUCUCACUGGCUACUCUGAGGACGGCGGGGCAAAGAAAGGCGAAGUCAUUCCAGAACACGAGUUCGCUGCUGGACCUGUAUGCCUGGACGACGAGAACGAGUUUCCUCCUAUUAAUUGGUGCCGCGACGGGACUGGAGGUGGCCAGGCGAGGCGCUCGUGAGUGGGUAAAAGGACAGAUGGACAAACAGACAGACAGGCACUCGCAAGUGAGAGGAACAGCAAAAAAAUUAAAGGUUCAGGGUGCCAAGUUAUCUUUUCCGUUAGAGAGAAAAUAACAUUAAUUAACCAAUCAAGUUGACGUGGUAAACAAAACACUGAGCAAGAAGUAGAUGUCAUGUAGUAAUUUCAGAGAAAACCACAAUCUGGUCCACAUGUUACAUAAUGAUUGUGUUAAAGGUACACUUCUGAUUUUGUCACAGCACCAAUAGUACCUCUAAACUUCCUCCAAGCUGACUGUUGAGUUUCAAAACUUCAACUGUGAACUAAGAGGACAUUUCUGAACUAGAUGCUGUUGGUUACUUAAAAAAAAAAAAAAAAAAAAAAAUCAGGGAGUUUAUCUUUAAGGAGUGUUUCAUUAAAGUGUGAGGUGCAUGCUGGAGCAGAAAUAUAGCCACAAUUCCCCAUAGCUUUAUUACUUGACAAAUAUUUUAUUAAGUUGCAUUAUUGUAGCAACAUUUUUAUUUUUAUCAUUAGUUAUAUCUUAGUUUACAUCCAUGAUAAAGAAUUGUUUUAAUUUUUAUUUUGUAUUGUAUUAUACUGCAUUGACAUGUAUUGAAUAUUUCAGUGUAUGCCUCCUGGACACAUUUCAGAAGGCGUGUAUGUACUGUAUGUUUAUUUGUGCCUAUUAUCAUUUGUAAAAGAAAGUAUUUUGCUAAUUGCACAAGACCAAAACAAGUGAAAGAAACAAAGAAAUAAACUCAUAGAGUGGAGUAAGAACGAACCUAUGCAAAGCAAA